CUCUCGCAAUCGGGUGUAAUAAUUCAGCCAAUUUCGGGUCACACACAAUUGUGUCGCUUCUAUUUCCUUUGAGGUUAUUCCCAUACAUAGGACAUUAAUUUCUUCAAUUCUAGUUGGCAUAAUAAAGGGCCUCCUUAACCAUGGCAUCAAAAGUAACGUUCAAGAUUACUCUCACGUCUGAUCCCAAGCUACCUUUCAAAGUACUCAGCGUUCCAGACAACACACCGUUUACCGCAGUACUUAAAUUUGCUGCUGAAGAAUUCAAGGUAGCGCCGGCUACGUCAGCAAUCAUCACUGACGACGGUGUAGGAAUCAAUCCGCAACAGACAGCGGGCAACGUCUUUUUGAAACACGGCUCCGAACUGAGGCUCAUACCACGAGACAGAGUGGGCAACCAGUGCAGUUGAUUCCGAUAAUCUACACAUUUUUCCGUUUUCUUUUUCUUUUUGAAUUUUUGAAGAAAGAAAAAAUUAAAUGAUAAUAUAUUAUUGAUUUGUAAAUAUUGAAAGUUGAAAUUGAUUUUCAAUAAAAAUGAUAAUGACAAUA